AUGCACCUCCACUUAUUCCUGCUGCUUGCAUUGUGCCCUGCGGGCUCCGUGGCAGGGGCGCGCAGCUACAGCUUGCGGGGAAGCUGGAAGAUCCGCAACGGGAACGGCUCGCUGGAGCUGCCCGGGGCGGUCCCCGGCUGCGUGCACAGCGCCUUGUUCCAGCAGGGCCUGAUCCAGGAACCGUACUACAGAUUUAAUGACCUUAACUACAGAUGGAUCUCCUUGGAUAACUGGACCUACAGCAAGGAAUUUAAAAUCCCCUUUGACAUUAGCAAAUGGCAAAAAUUAAAUUUGAUUUUUGAGGGAAUAGAUACAGUUACAAAAAUCCUGUUCAAUAAAGUCACCAUUGGGAAAACAGACAACAUGUUCAAUAGAUAUAGCUUUGAUAUUACCAAAGUGGUCAGAGAUGUGAACUCCAUUGAGCUGCGCUUCCAGUCAGCCGUGCUGUACGCAGCCCAGAAGAGCAGAGCUCACGCUCGCCACCAGGUGCCCCCAAGCUGCCCUCCGCCAGUGCAGAAGGGAGAGUGCCACGUCAACUUUGUUCGAAAGGAGCAGUGUUCCUUUAGUUGGGACUGGGGGCCUUCCUUUCCCACCCAGGGAAUCUGGAGAGAUGUUAGAAUUGAAGCCUAUAAUAUUUGUCAUCUGAACUAUUUCACAUUUUACCCAAUAUAUGAUAACACUGCCCAGGAGUGGAAUCUUGAAAUAGAAUCUUCUUUUGAUGUUGUCAGCUCAAAGCCAGUUGGUGGCCAAGUGAUUGUAGCCAUCCCUAAAUUGCAAACACAGCAGACAUACAACAUUAAACUUCAGCCUGGGGAAGGGAUUGUUGAGCUAUUUGUGAAAAUUAACAAGAAUGUUACUGUAGAAACUUGGUGGCCUCAUGGACAUGGAAAUCAGACUGGGUACAACAUGACAAUUCUUUUUGAACUGGAUGGAGGCUUAAAUAUCGAAAAAUCAGCUAAGGUUUAUUUUAGGACAGUGGAACUUAUAGAAGAGCCCAUAAAAGGGUCUCCUGGUUUAAGUUUCUACUUCAAAAUUAAUGGAUUUCCUAUAUUUAUGAAAGGCUCAAACUGGAUCCCAGCAGAUUCGUUCCAGGAUCGAGUAACUUCUGACUUGUUACGGCUCCUUUUGCAGUCUGCUGUGGAUGCUAACAUGAAUACUCUCCGGGUUUGGGGAGGAGGAAUUUAUGAGCAGGAUGAAUUCUAUGAACUCUGUGAUGAACUAGGAAUAAUGGUAUGGCAGGAUUUUAUGUUUGCCUGUGCCUUUUAUCCAACUGAUCAGGGAUUUAUGGAUUCAGUGAGAGCGGAAGUUGCUUAUCAGAUCAGGAGACUGAAAUUUCAUCCCUCUAUCAUCAUAUGGAGUGGUAAUAAUGAAAACGAAGCAGCACUGAUGAUGAAUUGGUAUAAUAUAAAUGUCACUGACCUGCAAACCUAUAUCAAUGAUUAUGUGACCCUCUAUGUGAAAAACAUCAGAGAGGUCGUCUUGUCAGGAGACAAGAGUCGUCCUUAUAUUGUAUCCAGUCCUACAAACGGGGCUGAAACCAUUGCAGAAGGCUGGGUCUCUAAGGACCCUUAUAGCAAACAUUUUGGUGAUGUACAUUUUUAUGACUAUAUCAGUGAUUGCUGGAAUUGGAAAGUUUUCCCAAAAGCUCGAUUUGCAUCUGAAUAUGGAUACCAGUCCUGGCCUUCCUUCAGUACAUUAGAAAAGGUUUCAUCUAAGGAGGACUGGUCUUUCAAGAGCAAAUUUUCACUUCACCGACAGCAUCAUGCAGAUGGUAACCACGAAAUGUUGCAUCAGGCUGGGCUUCACUUCACACUUCCCCAGAGCACAGAUCCAUUACGCACAUUUAAAGAUACCAUCUACCUUACUCAGGUGAUGCAGGCCCAGUGUGUCAAAACGGAAACUGAAUUCUACCGACGCAGUCGUAGUGAGAUAGUGGAUGGAGAAGGGCACACCAUGGGGGCACUUUAUUGGCAGCUGAAUGACAUCUGGCAGGCUCCUUCCUGGGCUUCUCUAGAGUACGGAGGAAAGUGGAAAAUGCUUCAUUACUUUGCUCAGCAUUUCUUUGCUCCACUGUUGCCAGUAGGCUUUGAGGAUCAAAAUGUGUUUUAUGUCUACGGUGUCUCAGACCUUCACUCAGACUAUACGAUGACACUCACUGUGAGAGUCCAUACGUGGAGUUCUCUGGAGCCUCUGUGCUCUCACGUGACUAAACAGUUUGUGAUUAAAGCAGGGAAGGCUGCUCCCGUCUACAAUGAGCCAGUGUCUGAAUUGCUGAGUAGAUGUGGGAAUUGUACACGGGAAAGCUGUGUGGUUUCCUUUUACCUUUCAAGUGGCUAUGAACUCCUGAGCCCAACCAACUAUCACUUUUUGUCUUCACUGAAGGAGGCCGUGGGGCUCAUCAAGACAAAUAUCACUGCCAUCAUCUCUCAGCAAGGUGACUCAUUUGUUUUUGAGCUGGAAACCUCAGCGGUUGCUCCCUUUGUUUGGUUGGAUGUAGGAAGCAUACCAGGGAGAUUUAGUGACAAUGGUUUCCUCAUGACUGAGAAGAGACGAACUAUAUUAUUUUACCCUUGGAAACCCACCAGCAAGAGUGAAUUGGAGAAAACUUUUCGUGUGACCUCCUUAACAGAUAUUUACUGAGGGAAUCAGAUUGUGUUUUUGGUGGACACUGGGAAUAAAAUACUUCUCAAGCACCGGCUGGAGAGGAAGGUGACCAGAGACAAGUUGAAGAGGCUGAGUGCUGCAUCUGCUUGCGGCCACGCAUCUGACUGAUUGCUCUGUUGAGAGUCUGUAUGGUGAAUGAAUACUUUCAGGGAAGGCUGUUUACUCAGGUGAUGUCCUCAAACAGGGCUGUGCCUAGCUGUUCUUGAAUCUGUUCCAGGCCGGUGAUUCUAGCUGUCAUCUCACAACUUUAGCACCAUGUGAACCAGUUAUAACCAGUCGGCCUUUCAGGGACUCACAGGAACGGGACCAUGGUGGUAACCUUUUAUAGUUAGCUUUGGGAAACACUGAAUAACUAAAAUGAAGUGCUUUGUUAUUAUUUCCAGAAGAAAUGGAGGUUCAUAACAAUGGAGAUUUCUUGGUGGUAGCCAUACUGAUUUUUGUUGCUAGACAGUUUAGGGAAUUGAUUGCUGCCAUUUGAUUACUUUUUUGAGUAAGAAUGUUUUCUCAUUUGUGAGUUUUGUUAUAUUGUUUUAACAGUCACAAUGUCUUCUUUUAAAG